AUGUUGUGGGGUGACCAGUGGUCAUGUUUGUUUGUUCUUCGUGUCCUCACUCUUGACCUAGUCUACGUCGUCAUCUCACAGCCCCCUGCAGCAGCAGCAGCAGCAGCAGCAGCAACAGCAACAGCAGCAGCAACAGCAGCAGCAGCAACAGCAGCAGCAGCAGCAACAGCAGCAGCACAGCAGCAGCAGCAGCACAGCAGCAGCAGCAGCAAGGUUCGCAUCUGGUGCAGCAGGAUCUUCAUCAGCAACAGGAAGCUGUUUAGCAGCAGCAGGAGGAGGAGCAGCAGCAUUAUCAGCAGCAGGUGUAUUAACGUCUCCCUGCUGCAGCAGCAGCACCAGGGACGCCCGCAGCAGCAGGAACAGCAACGCCAGGUUAUUGGGGGGAUGGGGUGUUCAGGGGUGUCUCUGGUGAGGAGACAGUCUCCAUUUGGGUUGGCAGCCUGGACCCGGCUACUUGCAGAGAAGAAGUAG